AACCAGAGCCGACGCAUGCGCGGUAAUCGCCGGAACGAGGCGGGGGUGACGCAGGCGCGGUACCAGGCGAACUGGCGGUUGAAUCUCGUACAUGGAUAUUUGAACCUCGGGAUUCUGGUGAGCAGGAAAAGGCUUUGUGUGGAGGAGAAGAUGCUGUUUCUCAGACAGACUAUCCCGGCAGUGAUGAGAGUUACCAGCAGUCACUUCUGUCAGUGGGAGGGGGUUGCGAGGCCACCCCUGGAGCACGUGAGGAGGACUUUCUGCCAGAGGGCGAGACGUGGCCCUUGUCUACUUGUUUGCAGUAAGCGAGCGGCGAUGGGGUGGAACUGCUCACUGCGUGCCUUCAGCACAGACCCGCAUGCAGUGGAGGAACUCUUCGCCCGAGGCUCGCUUCAGCAAUACCUGGAGAGGCUGGAGAGCGAGUACAUGGCCUCCCAGCAGCGACUGCAAUCAGCCCAGGCUUCGGAGGAGGAGGUGAAGGGGGCUGGUAAGAGGGCGAGGGAGCUGGCUCCACUGGUGACGGAGCUGCAUGGGCUGAGGGUCAAAGUACAGGAGCUGGAGGACAUCGAGACGCUGAUGAAAGAUGAAGAUGCAGACCUGAGGAAACUGGCAGAGAGUGACUGGAAUUCCUGUCAGGAAGACAUCCGAGCUUUGAAGCACAAGAUCAUCUCCUUGGUGACUCCCUCGGAAGAGACGGAUGAAAGUGACCUGAUCCUGGAGGUGCUGGCGGGAGUGGGCGGCCAGGAGGCCAUGCUCUUCACAGCGGACGUCUUCAACAUGUACCGGAGCUACGCAACAUACAAGAGCUGGCACUUUGAAACACUGGAAUAUUUUCCCAGCGAGUUAGGUGGGCUGCGACACGCCACUGCCAGCAUCAGCGGCCGAGAGGUGUACAGGCACCUGAAGUACGAGGGAGGGGUGCACCGGGUCCAGCGGGUCCCCAAGACCGAGCGACAAGGGAGACUGCACACCAGCACCAUGACCGUGGCCUUGUUACCCCAGCCAAGCGAGAUUCACCUCACGAUUAACCCCAAGGAUUUGCGAAUAGAAACCAAGCGAGCGAGUGGGGCCGGGGGGCAGCACGUCAACACCACCGACAGCGCUGUGCGCAUCCUGCACAUCCCAACAGGUUUCGUGGCUGAAUGCCAACAGGAGAGGUCGCAGCUGAAGAACAAGAGCAAAGCCAUGCAGCUGCUGAGGGCUAAGCUGUACAGCGCCAGGCUGGAGGAGGAGACCACCAAACGUUCCUACGCUCGCAAGAUUCAGAUUGGGACAAAGGGGCGGGCGGAGAAGAUCCGAACGUACAACUUCCCGCAGGACAGGAUCACGGAUCACCGGAUUGGGAAGUCGCUACACGACAUGCGGAGCUUCCUGCUGGGGGAGGGGAGUCUGGACGAGAUGAUCCAGGAUCUGAUGGAGUUUGCAGACACGGAAUCCCUUCUUGAACUGCUGGACAAUGACACAGACUCAAAGCAGGAAGCCCUCAGAGACCCACUCCGACGGUAGUGAUUUGGGGCCCUGGGUCUAAAUGUCUUCUUGUCAUCAGAAAAGAGACUCACAUUAAAAGCUAAAGCUAUUGGA